UUAUAUAAUAGUUUGCAUCGGCUAAUCCCAAACUCCCAAACCAUCCCUCCCCACCCUCCUCCCCCUUGGCAACCACAAGUCUGUUCUCUGUAUCUGUGAGUCUGUUUCUGUUUCGUAGAACAUUUUGUAUUCAUUCGCGUCAUAUUUUAGAUUCCACAUAUAAGUGAUAUCACACAGUAUUUGUCUUCCUCUGUCUGGCUUACUUCACUUAGUGUGAAAAUCUCUAGGUCCAUCCUUGUUGCUGCAAAUGGCAUUAUUUCAUUCCUUUUUAUGGCCGAGUAAUAUUCCAUUAUGUAUAUACCACAUCUUCUUUAUCCAUUCAUCUGUCAACGGACAUUUAGGUUGUUUCAAUGUCUUAGCUAUUGUGAAUAGCGCUGCUACGAACAUUUGGGUGCAUGUAUCUUUUUGAAUUAUAGUUUUGUUAGAUACACACCUAGGAGUGGGAUUGCUGGAUCAUAUGGCAACCCUAUUUUUAAUUUUUUGAGGAACCUCCAUACUGUUUUCCAUAGUGGCUGUACCAAUUUUCAUUCCCACUGACAGUGGAGGAGGGUUCCCAUUUCUCCACACCCUCUCCAGCAUUUGUAAUUUGUAGACGUUUUGAUGAUGGCCAUUCUUACCGGUGUGAGGUGAUACCUCAUUGUAGUUUUGACUUGCAUUUCUCUAAUAAUUAGCGAUGUCGAGCAUCUUUUCAUGUGCCUGUUCACCGUCUGUAUGUCUUCUUUGGAGAAAUGUCUAUUUAGGUCUUCUGCCCAUUUUUUGAUUGGGUUGUCUGUUUUUUUUGUUGUUGACUUGUAUGUGCUAUUUGUAUAUUUUGGAAAUUAAGCCCUCGUCAGCUGCAUCAUUUGCAAAUAUUUUCUCCCAGUCUGUAGGUUGCCUUUUCGUUUUGUUUAUGGUUUCCUUUGCUGUACAAAAGCUUGUAAGUUUGCUUAGGUCCCAUUUGUUUAUUUUUGCUUUUAUUUCUGUUGCCUUGGGAGACUGACUUAAGAAAACAUCAGUCUGAUUUAUGUCAGAGAAUGUAUUGCCUCUGUUCUCUUUUAGGAGUUUUAUGGUUUCAUGUCUUAUAUUUAAGUCUUUGAUCCAUGUUGAGUUUAUUUUUGUGCAUGGUGUGAGGGAGUGUUCUAACUUCAUUGAUUAACAUGAGGCUGUCCAACUUUCCCAACACCACUUGCUGAAGAGACUUUUUUUCCACUGUAUAUUCUUGUCUCUUUUGUCGAAGAUUAAUUGACAGUAGGUGUGUGGGUGUAUCUCUAGGCUCUGUAUUCUGUUCCAUUGAUUCAUGUCUGUUUUUGUGCCACUACCAUGCUGUUUUGAUGACUGCAGCUUUGUCGUAUGGGGAAGAGACUUUCAGAGAGGGAUGAACGCAUCCCUCUCUUCAUCCGAAUCGCCCUGCUCCCCCACAUUUCACGGCUAUUUGAUGAUUCUUGUCAAAGCUCCCUCCAAAGAGUCUCCUCUGGUUGCUCCAGGCUGACUCACGCCCUUUCCCUCAGUUCCUGCCAUGUGUGAUGAUGACACAGAGCCCUACAGUCACUGCAUCUGUUGGUGCAUCUCCCUGCCUCACUGGAACUCUGGCUGUCCAGCGCCCAGUCGAGGGCGGCAGGGCACACUGAUUGACGGACUGAUUGAUUGAGCAAGGAUCCUCUGUCACAAGGGCCUGAACUCUCAGUCUGGGUGAUGUAUGCCAAGGUGAGUGGGGGCCCACGACUCAUGCAACGUGUGACUCGUGCAGAGAGCAGGGCAGGCCUUCUAACAGGAGUUCUCUCUCCUGGCUGGUAGGUUCUCGGAGCGCUGGCAUAAUGCUUUUACAUCAAGCAUCGAACAUGGUGCGUCUCACGUCCUCAGCACCCCGAUGACACUGAUAUCAACAACAGCUUGGAAAGGACUGGGGCUCCUGAGUCCCCCCUCUCCACCAUUGCACUCUUCCCGUGGUGUCCAUGGGGUCCACGGACCAUCAAUUCCACCUGGCGGAGAUCUUGUCUCGGAACUACGGUGUCCGGGAGGAGCAUGAGGGGGCCGCGCGGGGCCCAGAGAAGCCGGAGGAGGAGCUAGAGAAGGACUUCGUCUCCCAGAGCAGCGACAUGCCCCUUGACGAGCUGCUGGCCCUCUAUGGCUACGAGCCCUCGGACCCCAUCUCGGAGCACCAGAGCGAGGGCAGCGACGCCGCAGCCAACCUCCCGGACAUGACCCUGGACAAGGAACAAAUAGCGAAGGAUUUGCUUUCAGGGGAAGAAGAGGAAGAAACACAGUCCUCAGCCGAUGACCUCACCCCAUCUGUGACCUCCCAUGAGGCCUCUGACCUUUUCCCUAAUCAGAGUGGAUCCCGCUUCCUGCCUGAUGCAGACAAGGAGCCUGGCUCCUCCAGCUCGUCAGACACCGAGGAGGACCCGCUUCCCGCCAACAAGUGUAAGAAGGAGAUCAUGGUUGGGCCUCAGUUCCAAGCCGACCUCAGCAAGCUGCACUCGAACCGUCAGGGUGAGAAGAUCUAUGAGAAUGAAGACCAGCUGCUCUGGGACCCCAACAUCCUUCCUGAGAGGGAGGUGGAGGAGUUCCUGUACCGGGCGGCGAAGCGGCGGUGGCACGAGGUGGCUGAGCCUCAGCUCCCGGAGGGAGAGGCGGUGAAAGACAGCGAGCAGGCACUGUAUGAGCUGGUGAAAUGCAACUUCAAUGCCGAGGAGGCCCUGCGGAGGCUGCGGUUCAACGUGAAGGUGAUCCGAGACGGGCUGUGCGCCUGGAGCGAGGAGGAGCGCCGCAACUUCGAGCACGGCUUCCGUGUGCACGGCAAGAACUUCCACCUGAUCCAGGCCAACAAGGUGCGCACGCGGUCCGUGGGCGAGUGCGUGGAGUAUUACUACCUGUGGAAGAAGUCUGAGCGCUACGACUACUUCUCCCAGCAGACGCGGCUGGGCCGCCGGAAGUAUGGCCCGUCGGGAGCCGCGGACGCGGACCAGGACCUGGACGGCGGUGACCCCGAUGGCCCUGGCCGUCCCCGCUCCUCGCCGCCCCUGCCUCUGCCCGCUACUGCCAGCGGCCCGGGCCCUGAGCGGGACCCCCUGGCCCGGAUGCGCACCGAGCCCCCGAGUGUGGGCAGCAGCACGUCUGGGAGUCUCGGCGAGCCUGGGGGGGCCCCCGACGGCCCCCCGUCCUCGGAGCCAGGGCCCUGUUCGUUCCAGCCGCUGGACGUAGACGCGCCCUCAGCCGUGCCCUUGCCUCGGCGGCCCCCAGCCCUGGCUGAGCCGGCCUUCUACUCCCCCACCACGGCCGCUCCAGAGCCCGGUGCCAGCCCAAGGCUGGCUGUGGACUUGGCCCUGCCCGGGGCCCUCCCCGAGGAGCUGCCCCUCAUCUCCAGCCACGGGGAUAUGGACGGAGAGCCCGAGGAGGCCGUGGCCCCCGCACAGGUGGCUUUGUCGGUUGCCGAGUUUGGACUCAUCGGCAUCGGGGAUGUGAAUCCCUUCCUGGCCGCCCACCCUGCGUGCCCAGCCCCUGGGCUGCACUCGGAGCCCCUGUCACACUGUAACGUGAUGACCUGUUGAUCCCUGGCCACAGGCGGGCGUGUGUGGCCCAGAUGGGACUUGGGGCCGCCGUGAGGCCUGCCUGUCAGUCUUCCUGACCCUCCCCUCCUCGCGGGCCUCCGGUAGCUCCUCUGCUCAGAGCACGUCAAGGACCGGGCUGAGCGGUGGCCCCUCCCCACGCCACACACGCACCAGCACCGCUGCCUGGCUCCAGCCUCUGUGCCCACCACGGGACCCGUCGGGCGGCUGGGCGCGGAGGGCUGGCCCAUCCACCCAGCAGAGGCGAGGAAGGCGUCCCGGCCCCGCCAGAGACGUGGGGAGGUGGGGCCGGACGCCGCCCCUACCAGCAGCCUCCGCCGGCACCCUCGGCACUCUGCUCGCCUGUCUCCCUGCGCCUGGCCGGACUUCGGGCUGCCCCCGCCCAGGGCUCAGGGGGCAGCUGCUACUCGGUGCCAAACCCUGUGGGGCACAGAGCCAUAUACCUCGAUGUCGGCCCGCCCCGCCCUGACGUCCACCCGCUCUCCACUUCAGGAAAAGCCGCACUUUAUGCCCCCACCCCCACCCCGGGGCCCCCGGCAGCCUCGGGCGUGGGUCUGAGGACGCAGAACUCACAGCCCCUUGGUACCGAGGCCUGUCGCCUGCCGCACUGAGGGGCCCGGCUCCAGCCCGUUUCCCUGACCCCCUAGGUCGUGUUUCUGUUGAGGCUUCCCAGCGAGACAGCUUGGGGUCCUGGGCCUUCCCUGCAGCCUCCUCGUUUUAUUUAUGUUUCUGUUUACAAAUCGGAGUGGGGUCCUCCAGGGGCAGGGCAGCGCUCCCGGCCCCGGUGUCACCAAGGGGGGCUUUGGCUCGAGCCCGUCCGCAGGGCCGGGCUCGACCUUCCCUCGACCCGCCAAGGACCACACUGUGAAGUGACGACUGCCUUGACCCCCUUGCUGUUUUAUUUAUUAAACUUGAUUUGAAGCCCCGUGGGUGCCUCGUGGUGGGUCAGGCGGGUGGGACGCAAGGAGGUGCCGGGUCCCAUCCAGGGACCUGGGGGCACGGGGGUCGUGGGGGAGCGUGCUCU